AUGGGAUCCACCAUACACUCAUUUCAGUGGCUUUCUUUGUUCUUUCUAAUUAUUUCAGCUAAUGUUUCAGCUUUCAAAAUUCCAAGGUUAGGAACUUCGAGGAGAACUAAGAAACUCGAACCCCAAAUCAUGUCUUCCUCACAACUUCCUGAAGAUCUCAAAACAUUUUAUUACACCCAAAGACUUGAUCACUUCAACUACAAGCCUGACAGCUACACCACUUUUCAACAAAGAUAUAUGAUAAAUUUCAAGUACUGGGGUGGAGCUAAAUCAAGUGCACCAAUUUUUGCAUUCUUUGGUGCAGAAGCACCGGUGGAUGAGGAUAUAUACUAUGUUGGGUUUCUCAGAGAUAACGCUCCUCAGUUCAAUGCUCUUAUUGUUUAUAUAGAGCAUAGAUACUAUGGGAAAUCUAUACCAUUUGGGUCAAGGAAGGAAGCUAUGAGAAAUGCAAGUACUCGCGGUUACUUUAACUCAGCCCAGGCAAUAGCAGACUAUGCUGCUGUGCUUUUACACAUCAAGAAAACUUUGUCCGCUCAGAAUUCUCCCAUAAUCGUUAUUGGAGGCUCUUAUGGUGGAAUGCUUGCAUCAUGGUUCCGCCUAAAGUAUCCCCACAUUGCUCUUGGUGCUCUUGCCUCAUCAGCACCAAUUCUUUACUUCAAUGGCAUUGCCCCACAAGCCGGAUACUACUAUAUAGUAACCAAAGACUUCAAAGAAACUAGUGACAGCUGCUACCAAACUAUACGUAAAUCAUGGUCUGAAAUCGACAGAGUUGCUAAGAAGCCGAAUGGCCUUUCAAUUCUCAGCAAGAGAUUUAAAACUUGCAACAAAUUGAACAAAAGUUUUGAGCUCAAGGACUACUUAGACUCAUUAUAUACAGAUGCUGCUCAAUACAAUCAACCUCCUGAGUACCCAGUUAAGGUUAUAUGUGAUGCAAUUGAUGCAGCAGCAGCAGCUAAGAAAACCGAUAUUCUUGGCCAAAUAUUUGAAGGUGUUGUCGCUUAUAUGCGACAUCGUUCAUGUUAUGAUAUGAAUGAAUACAAUCACCCAACUGAAACUAACCUGGGUUGGAGAUGGCAGACAUGCAGCGAGAUGGUUAUGCCAAUAGGUCAUGAAAGGAAUGACUCAAUGUUCCCACCAGCACCUUUCAACAUGAAGAGAUUUGUUCAUGAUUGUUGGAGCUUAUAUGGUGUCCUUCCCCAGCCUCAUUGGGUGACCACAUACUAUGGGGGUCCUGAUUUGAAACUGAUUCUCCAUAGAUUUGCUAGCAACAUCAUAUUCUCCAAUGGGUUGAGAGAUCCGUACAGCUCUGGCGGGGUAUUGGAGAGUAUUUCACGUAGUGUCAUUGCAGUUUCCACUGUAAAUGGUUCUCACUGCCUAGACAUACUUUCACAAAAACCAAGUGAUCCUCAAUGGUUGGUGACGCAGAGAAAUAUUGAGGUCAAGAUAAUCAAAGGUUGGAUUGCCGAGUAUCAAGCUGAUCUAUUAGCACUAAAUAAACAAAGCAAAGCACCAAUACCCGAAAGUUAA